AUGAAGCUGGUAGUGGUCUUCAUGCUGGCCGCCAUCCCCAUUUGCUGCUAUGCCGAUGGUUCUUCUGGCUGCAGCAUGAUGGAUACUAUUAUUGACAGUACACUUGACCCAUCUGUUUCUGUGGAUGAUUAUCAUGCCACCAUAAAAGAAGCCAUAAGUCUUCCUUACAAUAAAGAGGCUGUGACCAAGUUCAAAGAAUGUUUCCUGGCCCAGAAUGAAGAGACUGUGAAAAAUAUGCACGUGAUGAUGGAAGCAAUAUAUGCGAGUAAAGACUGCCAAGAGGAGGCCUGA